GCUGGCCGCCUUGAAACAUUUUUUAAAAGUACACCAUUUAACUAUCUUGUAUAUUUAUCUUCCUCCUUCACGCGCACGGUGACGCCCGGUGACGUCACGUGACGCGUUGGCGCUAGUUAGCCUUGUUUCAAGGCGCGCUCGCUUCGCCCCUCGUGGCCGCGGCUGGAAUUGCACGCACGCCAGCCUUAACCUUGGUAGUGACGUCACAUCUGAUGGCGCAAUCGUGUUGUGGGCGGAGUCAGAGAAAAAGCGUCACAAGUAAGCAAAGGAGAGCAAUUGCUAAAUGAAUGUUUGCAUCAAUGCGGAAGUGCGACAUUACCAACUACACCGCCGAGUUCUCGUUGUCAUGGAAACGCGUGGAUAAUGUAAACCUAAGCUGAACUAACAUUAGCGUUAAAACUGGCUUUUCUUAUUUGUGUUGUGUCACCUCCUCUUGUUUGCUUUGCAUCACAAAUGCUCGCAAUGUGACUGAUGCCAUGUGAUUGCAUGCGGAGCAUCAGGAGGACCGCCCCGCCCCAAAGAGGGUCCAUUCCUCAGCGACGCCGUGACGCCAUGCAGCGAAUAAUGAGCGCGGCGGCCGCCAGGCUACGACCUCUGACCACCGCGCCGUCUGCCAGGACGCUCUCCGGGUCCAGAAGCCGGCCCGUCCGACCGGACCGCAGGACGCUUUACCUUGCGGGCCGCCAAAAGUCAUCGGUGGCCGCGGAACCGUCUCUCAGUAGUGGCAGCAGCAGCGACUACGUGGAGGAGAUGUACCGGACCUGGCUGGACGACCCCAGCAGCGUUCACAAGUCCUGGGAUGUUUUUUUCCGUAAUGCCAAAGCCAGCGCCGCGCCUGGCUCCGCCUAUGGCAGCCCGCCACCUCUGCAGAGGUCACUUCCAGGCCGGGCCACCGUGGCGGCGCCACUGAGCCUCACUGACCCGGAUUUGGAGAAGCUGGUGGGCGAUCACCUAGAGGUCCAUACGCUCAUUCGAGCGUACCAGGUGCGAGGACAUCACAUCGCCAAGUUGGACCCUCUGGACAUCAGCUGUGUGGACCUGGACGACGCCCCCUGUAGCAUCGGCUCACACAAUCUUGGUUCUUAUGGUCUGCAUGAGUCCGACUUGGACAAGGUGUUCCGUCUUCCAAAGACCACGUUCAUCGGCGGCAGUGAGGACUCGCUGACGCUGAGGGAGAUCAUACGCCGCCUGGAGGCGGCGUACUGCCAGCACAUCGGCGUGGAGUUCAUGUUCAUCAACGACGUUCAUCAGUGCCAGUGGAUCCGACGCAAGUUUGAGAGCCCGGGAAUCCUGCGCUUCAGCGCAGAGGAGAAGCGGACUCUGCUGGCCAGGAUGGUCCAGUCCACCAGGUUUGAGGAGUUCCUGCAGAGGAAGUGGUCUUCAGAGAAACGCUUUGGCCUGGAAGGAUGCGAGUCCCUCAUCCCGGCCCUCAAGACCAUCAUAGACCAGUCCAGCAGCAGUGGCGUGGAGAGCGUCAUCAUGGGGAUGCCGCACAGAGGGAGGCUCAAUGUGCUGGCCAACGUGGUCCGCAAAGAACUGGACCAGAUCUUCUGCCAGUUUGAUCCCAAGCUGGAGGCAGCUGACGAGGGUUCUGGUGACGUCAAGUACCACCUAGGAAUGUUCCACAAGAGGAUGAACCGCCUGAGCGACAAGAACGUCACGCUGUCACUCAUGGCUAACCCCUCCCACCUGGAGGCCGUGGACCCCGUGGUGCAGGGGAAGACCAAAGCUGAGCAGUUCUACAGCGGCGACUCUGAGGGCAAGAAGGUCAUGUCCAUCCUCAUCCAUGGCGACGCCGCCUUUGCCGGACAGGGCGUCGUCUACGAGACCUUCCACCUCUCGGACCUCCCGUCCUACACCACGCACGGCACAGUGCACGUGGUGGUCAACAACCAGAUUGGCUUCACCACGGACCCCAGGAUGGCUCGCUCGUCCGCGUAUCCCACCGAUGUGGCUCGUGUCGUCAACGCUCCCAUCUUCCACGUCAACGCCGAUGACCCCGAGGCGGUGACGUACGUGUGCAAGGUGGCGUCCGAAUGGAGGAACACCUUCCACAAAGACGUGGUGGUGGACCUGGUGUGCUUCAGGCGGAACGGCCACAACGAGAUGGACGAGCCCAUGUUCACGCAGCCGCUCAUGUACAAGCGCAUCAAGAAGCAGAAAGGCGUCUUGCUGAAGUAUGCGGAGAAGCUCAUGGGCGAGGCCGUGGUCACCAUGCAGGAGUACCAGGAGGAAGUGGCCAAAUACGACAAGAUCUGCGAGGACGCCUACGCUCGUUCCAAAGACGAGAAGAUCCUGCACAUCAAACACUGGCUGGACUCUCCCUGGCCUGGUUUCUUCACAGCAGACGGGCGUCCUAAAAUGAUGAGCUGUCCAUCCACGGGCCUGAGUGAAGAGCAGCUGGCCCAUAUUGGAAUGGUGGCGGCCUCCGUCCCCGUGGAAGACUUCACCGUCCACACGGGGCUGAGUCGCGUCCUGAAGGCGCGAGCGGACAUGUUGAGGAAGCGAGCGUGCGACUGGGCGCUGGGUGAAUACAUGGCGUUGGGCUCUCUGCUCCAACAAGGCGUCCACGUCCGUCUCAGUGGCCAGGACGUGGAGCGAGGCACCUUCAGCCAUCGACAUCAUGUCCUCCACGACCAAAAUGUGGACAAGAAGACGUGCGUCCCCAUGAACCACAUCUCCCCCGACCAAGCCACCUACACCGUCUGCAACAGCUCGCUGUCUGAGUACGGCGUCCUGGGCUUUGAGUUAGGGUUCGCCAUGGCCAGUCCCAACGCUCUGGUUCUGUGGGAGGCCCAGUUUGGAGACUUCCAUAACACAGCUCAGUGCAUCAUCGACCAGUUCAUCAGCUCGGGUCAGGCCAAGUGGUUCAGACAGAAUGGCAUCGUGUUGCUGCUACCGCACGGCAUGGAGGGGAUGGGCCCUGAACACUCGUCCGCCCGCCCAGAAAGAUUCCUCCAGAUGUGCAAUGACGACCAAGACGUGUUCCCGGUGAGUUUGUGUCCGCCAUCUUGUCUCGUCCACACUCUCACCUUCAUGCUGCCCGUCUGUCAGAACGUGCGUGAGGACUUUGCCAUGCGGCAGCUAUACCACUGCAACUGGAUGGUGGUCAACUGCUCCACCCCCGCAAACUACUUCCACGUUCUCCGCCGCCAGAUCCUGCUGCCCUUCAGGAAGCCGCUGAUCGUGUUCACUCCAAAGUCGCUGCUGCGCCACCCUGACGCCAGGUCCAGUUUCGACCACAUGCUACCAGGCACACACUUCAGGCGCGUGAUCCCGGAUGAAGGUCCGCCGGCCGCCCAACCUCCCAACGUGAAGAGACUUAUUUUCUGCAGCGGAAAGAUCUACUACGAUCUGGAACGCGAGCGCAAGAACCGAGCCAUGGACACCGCUGUGGCGCUGGUCCGCGUGGAGCAGCUGUCGCCGUUCCCCUUCGACCUGGUGAAGGCGGAAACGGAGCGCUACGCCAACGCGGACGUGGUUUGGUGUCAGGAAGAGCACAAGAAUCAGGGUUACUAUGACUACGUCAAGCCCCGCCUCCAGACCACUGUCGGCCACACCCGCCCAGUCUGGUAUGCCGGUCGCGGGCCUGCCGCCGCUCCAGCCACAGGAAACAAACACACACACCUGAUGGAGCUGCAGCGUCUACUCAACACAGCCUUUGACAUGGACGCCUUCGCAGGAAACAACUACUAACGACCUCUAAAGACUCAUAAAUGACUUGUAGCGACCUCAGGGCAAUCAGAGACCAGACUGAUGUCCUCCAAGGCAGCACGGCUGUCAACGUGUGAAGAGGAACUUAAGUGGGAGUAAAGAGCGUUACCAUGGAAACCUCAGGGAGAACAUAAACAAAUGUACUUUUUGAAUGUCAUAACUCAACAAGUACUGUCUGAGCAAAAAGAGUAAUCAAGUACAAGUAAUUACUAGUACCAGUAACUAGAUCAACAUGUAGCAGUAACUAGCAGCUAGCUAGCUCAGGUAAUAUGAAGUACUACUACUAGUUACUGGGUGUAGCUUGUUACACAUUUGAUCAGGGGAGUUUUUAGGAGUGAAAGGAAUGUUUUUAAAAAUGUUUUAUUGUUGUUUGCCACUUUGACGAUGUCAUGAAACGGAACAUCCACGCCAACAGCAUGCCCUCCCGUGACCUCUAGCUAGAAUGCUGACUUGGUGUCAGCGGGUUCAAAGGUCAACCAGCGAGAAUGUGUGCCGCUCGUCAUAAAAAAAACAACAAAAAGACAAUGUAUGAGUGUAAGAUGUGCUUGUUUAUUUUCAUCACCUAAUAAACACCAACCUCACCUUUGACCUCUGGAGGAACGGACAUGUCACCCAAAAUCAACCAUUUGAUGUUCGA